AUGUCACAAACUUUUAAUCCAUCCCCAGCUUCCCAACAGGUUGUUGAAGAUACUGCGAAGGUAAUGGACAGAACUUGGGAAAACAUUCAAGAGAAAACCUUUACGAAAUGGGUAAACAGUAAAUUGGCUAUCAAUAACAUAGAUUCAAUUAGCGAUUUGAAUCGUGCAAUGUCUGAUGGAGUUCGGUUAAUUCAGCUUUUGGAAAUUAUUGGAGAUACUUCCUUAGGAAGAUAUAACAAAAAUCCAAAAAUGCGUAUCCAAAGAGUCGAGAAUGUGAAUAAAGCAUUAGAAUUUAUCAAACAUAGAGGUGUUUCUCUCACAAACAUUGGAGCUGAAGAUAUUGUUGAUACCAAUCUUAAACUUAUUCUUGGUAUGAUAUGGACUAUUAUUUUGAGAUUCACGAUUGCCGAUAUUAGUGAAGAGGGUCUAACAGCUAAGGAGGGUCUUUUACUUUGGUGUCAAAGAAAGACGGCACCUUAUUCCGAGGUUAAUGUGCGUGAUUUUACUUAUAGUUGGCAGGAUGGUUUGGCAUUCUGUGCUUUAAUACACCGACAUCGUCCUGAUUUAUUAGAUUAUGACGCGUUAGACAAGUCGGACCGUCAUACGAAUACUAGUUUAGCAUUUGAUGUUGCGGCAACGCAUCUUGACAUACCGAAAUUGUUAGAUGUAGAAGAUGUUUGUGACAUUCAAAAACCUGAUGAACGAUCAAUUAUGACCUAUGUUGCAGCAUACUUUCAUGCAUUUUCACAUUUAGAUAAAGUGGAAAUUGCUGGGAGAAGAGUAGCAAAAUUUGCAGAGGUUAUGCAAUCCGCUUGGGAUAUGGAACAUGAUUAUGAAAGACGUGUCAAACAGUUAAUGCAAAAAGUUAACGAUAGGAAAACCAUUUGGGCUAAUUCUCGUUUUGAUGGGAGUUAUACCGAUGCUAAACGUCAAUCUGCUGAAUUUAAUAGAUAUAAAAAUUCCGAGAAACGUGAAUGGGUAGCAGAAAAAAGUGAUUUAGAUACAUUACUUGGAAAUAUUCAGACCAAACUUAAAACAUAUGUAUUGCAGUCUUAUCAUCCUCCUGUAGGAUUAACUCUAUUCGAUUUAGAUAAAGUAUGGCAAAGUUUAUUGAAUGCUGAAGCCCAAAGAUACAAAUCUAUUAAUGAUAAAAUCCGAGACAUUAAGGAGAAUCUCCGUAAAUCAUUUGCUCAGUCAGCAAAUAGCUUUCAGAAAAGUCUGGAUUCUAUAUUGCAAGUAUUGUCUAAGUUAGAUGGAGAAUUAAACGUACAACUUGAAAAUGUGAAAAAACUUUCUGCAAAAUUAGGACCUUUGGAAGAUUCUCUCUCACGUAUUGAAGAAAUUGAUGCCCAAUGUCAUGAAGCUAAUAUUGAAGAAAAUGAUUAUACCGUAUUUUCAGUUGAUGACUUAAAAUUCGAAUUGGAACUUGUAAAACAAUCGGUUAAUAAGAAAUCUGCGUUCAUUGAAAAUCAGAUCGUGUCAAGGAGCAUGACAAAUUUAACACCGGCACAGUUAGAAGAAUUUGAAAGUACUUUCCGUCAUUUUGACAAGGAUGGUUCAAAUACAUUAAAUGCUUAUGAAUUUAAAGCUGCUUUGGCUAGCUUAGGUCUUCUUUAUGAUGAUGAUGAAUUGUAUGCCACGUUUAAUCAAACUUGCGCAGGACAAUCUGAAGCUACUUUCGAACAGCCAUUUGUUACUGAAUUAGAUUUAAAAAGAUCUUUAUUACCAGGGAACGUUGUAUCAUACUUAAAAGAAGCUAUGCCAAUCAUUCAAGGUGUAGCUGAUGGAUAUGAUUAUUCCAAAUAUUUAGAUCAAGUUUUUAACGGUUAUUAA